AUGGCGUGCCGAGCCCUCGCGCUCCGCUCCUUGCUGCUCCCCGACCCCCUCCACCACCUGAGUCUCCGCGCCGCCGCGUCGGCCCAGGCGGCGCCGUUUCCUUGUCGCCGCCGCCGCCGCAACAUCCGCUGCUGCUCCAGCUCCAGUGGGGGCGGGCCCGGGGAGCAGGGACAGCCGCCGCAGGAGGCCGUGCUCGAGGCCAUAUCAAAGGUGGCAAAGUCUAAAGGAAGGGUUGCACUCACAACAAAUAUGGUCAUAGGUGGCACUGUUACAGAUGAUUCAAGUGAUGAAUGGCUUGUUCUGGAUCAGAAGGUGAAUACAUAUCCCACAGACAGAGGAUUUACAGCAAUUGGUACUGGAGGUGAAGAUUUUGUCCAUUCUAUGGUUGAUGCUGUUGAAUCGGUUCUUCAAGAAUCGAUUCCAAAGGGCCAAGUAAGUCAGAAAAUAUCUUCUAGGGGAAAAUAUGUUUCUGUAAAAAUUGGGCCAAUACGUGUGGCUUCAAGUGAGCAGGUCCAGGCUGUAUACCGUGCCAUGAGAAGAGAUAACAGGAUGAAAUACUUCUUAUGA